AAGGUGAAAAAGUCCAAGUGCUGCUGCGGGCGCGAUGGGGGCCGGCUCCUCAAGCUACCGGCCCAAGGCCAUCUACCUGGACAUCGAUGGACGCAUCCAGAAGGUGGUUUUCAGCAAGUACUGCAACUCCAGCGACAUCAUGGACCUGUUCUGUAUCGCCACCGGCCUGCCUCGGAACACCACCAUCUCCCUUCUGACCACCGAUGACGCCAUGGUCUCCAUCGAUCCCACCAUGCCUGCGAACUCAGAGCGAACUCCUUACAAGGUGAGACCUGUGGCUGUCAAGCAACUAUCUGAAAGAGAAGAACUCAUCCAGGGUGUGCUGGCCCAGGUGGCAGAGCAGUUCUCCAGAGCGUUUAAGAUCAACGAGCUGAAAGCAGAAGUUGCAAACCACCUGGCCGUGCUGGAGAAACGGGUGGAACUGGAAGGACUUAAAGUGGUGGAGAUCGAAAAAUGCAAGAGUGACAUUAAAAAGAUGCGGGAGGAACUGGCCGCCAGAAACAGCAGGACCAAUUGUCCCUGUAAAUACAGUUUUUUGGAUAACAAGAAGCUGACACCCCGACGUGAUGUCCCCACUUACCCCAAGUACCUGCUCACCCCAGAGACCAUCGAAGCCCUCCGGAAGCCCACCUUUGAUGUCUGGCUUUGGGAACCCAACGAGAUGCUGAGCUGCUUAGAGCAUAUGUACCAUGACCUUGGUCUGGUCAGGGACUUUAACAUCAACCCCAUCACACUCCGCAGAUGGCUGCUCUGUGUGCAUGACAACUACAGGAACAACCCCUUCCACAACUUCCGGCACUGCUUCUGUGUGACGCAGAUGAUGUACAGCAUGGUCUGGCUCUGUGGCCUCCAGGAGAAGUUUUCCCAGAUGGACAUCUUGGUCCUGAUGACCGCAGCCAUCUGCCAUGAUCUGGACCACCCAGGGUACAACAACACAUACCAGAUCAACGCCCGCACGGAGUUGGCUGUGCGUUACAACGACAUCUCACCGCUGGAGAACCAUCACUGCGCCAUUGCCUUCCAGAUCCUGGCGAGACCCGAAUGCAACAUCUUCUCCAGUGUACCAGCUGAGGGCUUCAGGCAGAUCAGGCAGGUGUGUGGGGCCAGGGCUCUGGAAGCUGAGAAAUCCCGACUGCCAGGAUCCCAGUGCAGAGUACUGCAGCUGAAGAUGAUUCUCAUAAAAUGCUGUGAUAUCUCCAACGAAGUCCGUCCCAUGGAGGUGGCAGAACCAUGGGUGGAUUGUUUACUGGAAGAAUAUUUCAUGCAGAGCGACCGUGAGAAGUCAGAAGGCCUUCCUGUGGCCCCAUUCAUGGACAGGGACAAAGUGACCAAAGCAACAGCCCAAAUUGGGUUCAUCAAGUUUGUCCUGAUCCCAAUGUUUGAAACAGUGACCAAGCUCUUUCCCAUUGUUGAGGAGACCAUGCUACGGCCACUCUGGGAGUCUCGAGAACACUAUGAGGAGCUGAAGCAGCUGGAUGACGCCAUGAAGGAGUUACAGAAGAAGACAGAAAGCUUGACAACUGGGGGCACAGAAAACACCACAGAGAAGAACAGAGAUAAGAAAAACAGUGGAGGACAAUCACCUCCAAACUGACGUCUCAAUGUGUACGACUGGACUAGUUAAAGCAACCAAACCAUGGCCUCUGAGUGGACAAGGAUGGGGAACCUCACAGGAUCCUCCACGCAAGGACGAUCACACCCGGACGACCCCAGAUGACCUGCGACAGACCACAUUUUCUAAGAACCGUUUUGUUCACUGAUAUAAAAACAGGAAUUCAUGAUGCUGUACAGAAUUUUUAUUUUUAAACUGUCUUUUAAAUAAUAUAUUCUUAUACAGAAAUGGGUCUGUACUUUUUCUUUGGGUUUUGCAUUCGGGCCUCCAAGGACUCUGGUUUUCCCUGGGAUGUAUCUUCAAAUGGUUGAGCAGUAAUGUGACCCCAGGGUUCAUGUAAAUUCCACAUUAAACAUGAGAAUGGUGCCCGA